AUGGUGUCGGGUGUGGUGCGACGGGCGGUGCCAUCACGACUCAGCCUUGGGGACAUCAUCAAUGCCUCUGCCGGUCCUUCCAAAUUUUGUCUACAUUCAUCUCCAGCGAGAAUCAUCCAUACAUCGUCUCCGCGCAAAGGACCACUACCGGCAUUUUCGCUCACGAGGUUUGGCUUCCUAGCUCAACCAUCUCACGCCGCACCGAGUCUCGAUGCCAAUAUAGGAAGCAUGGUGUUUAGGCAUUGCAAAUUCCUGCGUUAUAAUAUUCGACCUUUUUCCUCUGGCAGAUUUCUCCUACGGCAGAAUCUUCGAAACGGUGAUACCGAUCCCGUCGCUUCCAAGAAGUACGAUUUUCAAGAAAGCGCUCGCGAAGAAGAAGAAGAUGGUUUUGUAAAAAGUGACAAGGCUGCCAAGGCGGCGCAGAUCAAUCUAUCUGCAAGGCUUUCAAAAGAAGGGAAAUCUCAAAGCAAAGCUGGUGCGGGGGAAAUAUGGAGACUGAUUAAAGUUGCCCGGCCUGAGAUUCGAUGGUUAGCGGUGGCAUUCUGUUUUCUCGUGAUAUCGUCGAGUGUGACAAUGUCCAUCCCUUUCUCCGUUGGUCGUAUCUUGGACCUCGCCACAAAAGGUGAUGUUGACGAUAUACGCCUCUUUGGUCUUACUCUGAACCAGUUCUUUAUCGGCCUUGGCGCUAUCCUGACCGUUGGCGCAAUGGCGAAUUUUGGUAGGGUAAUUCUGCUUCGGAUUGUGGGUGAGCGCGUUGUCGCCAGGCUACGAUCCCAACUGUACAGACGCACUUAUGUCCAAGAUGCAGAGUUCUUCGACGCAAACCGGGUUGGAGAUCUGAUAUCUCGACUCAGCUCGGAUACAGUCAUUGUCGGUAAAUCCGUGACGCAAAAUCUGAGCGACGGCCUCCGAGCGUUGUUUAGCGGCGGUGCUGGAUUCGCCAUCAUGGUCUGGACAAGUCCCAAGCUAACUGGGCUCCUCCUUCUAAUGUUUCCACCUAUUGCUGUGGGCGCCGUCAUAUAUGGUCGCGCAAUUCGGAAUGUCAGCCGGGCAAUUCAAAAGAAUCUAGGAACGCUGACGAAGAUUGCUGAAGAACGUCUUGGAAACAUUAAAACGAGCCAGGCAUUUGUUGGUGAGGUUCAGGAGGUGGGACGUUACAACAGUCAAAUCAGAAGAAUAUUUGCACUUGGAAAAAAGGAAUCCCUCAUCGCCGCCACUUUUUUCGCAUCAACAGGUUGGGCAGGCAACAUGACCAUCUUGGCUAUGCUGAUUGUUGGAGGUAGCUUUGUUCGUUCUGGUACCAUGUCACUGGGCGACCUAACAUCUUUUAUGAUGUACACGGCAUUCGCUGGUUCGAGUUUGUUUGGAUUAUCAGGAUUUUAUUCAGAGCUCAUGAAAGGGGUUGGCGCAGCAAGCAGACUCUUCGAGCUUCAGGAUCGGCGUCCCGGCAUUCACCAGACCGUUGGCGUUCAAGUCAAGUCUGCACAAGGUCCCAUAAAGUUCAGUGACGUUACCUUCGCCUACCCAACACGACCCGCAGUCAAGAUCUUCAACGGACUUAACUUUGAAAUUCCAUCUGGGAGCAACGUCUGUGUGGUGGGACCUUCGGGCGGCGGGAAGUCUACAGUCGCAUCACUGCUUCUCAGGUUUUAUAACCCAACCUCCGGAUCGAUCACCAUCAACGGAGUUGACGUGUCAACCAUGAAUGUCAAGUCUUUAAGGCGACGAAUUGGCAUGGUGUCCCAGGAACCGGUCUUAUUUUCCGGCACUAUUGCUGAGAAUAUCGCGUACGGCAAGCCGAGGGCCAGUCGAAUGGAGAUCAUUACUGCUGCACGAAGAGCCAAUUGCAACUUUAUCAGUGAUCUCCCCGACGGCCUGGAGACUCAAGUUGGGGCUCGAGGAUCGCAGUUAUCUGGCGGACAAAAGCAACGGAUUGCAAUCGCUCGUGCGUUGCUCAAGGAUCCAGAUAUUCUCAUCCUCGAUGAAGCCACCUCAGCCUUGGAUGCGGAAUCAGAGACCCUCGUGAAUGAGGCUCUAGCCGGUUUGCUGCGUGGCCACAAUACAACGAUUUCCAUUGCGCACCGAUUAUCAACAAUUAAACGAUCGGACCAAAUCAUUGUCCUCAACAAUGAAGGCAAGGUGGCCGAAAUCGGAAGCUACACUCAACUCGCCGCGGAUAAGAACAGCGCAUUUAGCAAAUUGAUGGAAUGGCAGAUGAGUGGCGGCGAGGUUCCGGAGAAGCGGCCAUCUGACUCCGGACCGAGGAUCACCGAGGCAGAAGAAAUAGAAGAGGAGUUAGCACGGCAGGAAGACGUGCAUGAAGGACAAGAAGAAAAGGAAUCAACCGACUGGCGACAGCAACAAGAAGUAGAGCAGAAGCGUCGGUGA